AUCACCCCCCCCCCCCCCCCCCCACCUUCUCUGUCUGUUAUUGUGUGUGCGCUGCCGUCGGUGUGUGUUCUGACGGCAGCAUGGCUUCAUCUCUUUGCCUCCUGCUGGUAACCACCGCCCUCAUUGACAGCGUCCAGCCUGUGCCGUCAGCCUAUGGAGGUAGGCGUGGUCUGGAUGUUGAAGUGGACGGAGUCAGACGCCAGCGUCGAGAAGUCCGUAACCUCCUGCCAUACAAAGACCAAAUGAUGUCAUAUCCUGCCUCCCAGAGAAGGGUGAAUGAUUUAUAUUACCAGCCCGAUGCCUGGAGAGCGAGGGGACUGGACGAGGCUUUGCAGCGAUUAGCAGAUAAAAACCAGCGGUGGGAAGAAGAGGAGCAGCAAGCAGCAUAUUUGGAAGCUUUGCUCCGCCUCCUGGCUGAGGGACACGCCAUGGGAAUGAUUAGCCCAGGGGAUGUGGAGGUGAUUGAGGAGGAGGAGGAUGAGGAAGAUAACCUGGGGCCACGCGCUGACUUCCAGGACGUAAGCCAGACAGACUACGGCCUGAUGGGGCACAGACCAACCAUAGCGAGGCCCCCGGCUGCUCGCUGGGGCCUCAGGGAUCCCCAGCUGGCUCAAACCUUGCUGGACAAGAUGCAUCCCCAGAUGGACCAAAUUCUGCUGCAGAGGGCAAGACAGACUACACUUCAACAGGAUGGACCAGGACUAAACAGAGACCAGGACAUGCUCAGGCACAUGGUUGCCAGAAUACUGUCCAGCAUCGGUCCAAAAAAUGUUGCCAUGAACUUGUCCGCUCGCAGAAGGCGUGACCUUUCGGAUGCGCCCACCCACAGGCGGUACCGACGCUCUCUUGACAAAGUCACACCUCCGCCACCCAGCAUCGCACCCUCACUCUUGAGGGUGAAGAGACUGGAAGAAGAGGAAGAGGAGGAGCAGGAGAAUAACCCACGCCCCUCCACCGGUGCACUGCAAAGAAUCAAACGCAUUGACGACAUCACAGCUAUGCUAGAAAACCAUGAAAACCAGAGGCGUCAAAGGAGGGACACCGUUCCUUACGAACCGCAGUUACUGAUGCAGCAGAUGAUAGAGUACCUGAGGGAGUAAGAGCAGGUUCCGAGAAGGUGGGGGAGAAGGGCGACAAGGUGAAUAGAGGGUGGUAGAAGGGGGGGGAGAAGGCGAGGGGAAGAAUAACAGUGAAGGGGAGCGGCAGUAUGAGUAGUUGAGUGAAGAGGAGAAGAGGAAAAAGAAGGAGAGAAAGAUAUGGAGGGGAGCUGGAGAUACCGUAUGUAGAGGGGACAGUUUGAAAAAUGUAGGUAAAGGUGAGAAUUAAAAAGGGCAACAGAAGAAAAGAACAUAAUUGGUUGAUAUAAAAAUGGAAUAGAGGAGGGGGAAAAAAAAAAGAAAAAUAAACUAACCGAGAGAGGAGGGAUAGAAGAGGGGUUAAUAAGAGGAGUUUUCCGUUCUAUUUUUGUAAAUUAUGUUUUGCUGCUAUUAGUGAAAAUGUGGUCAGCCCUUGAUGAUUAAAAGAAGACAGGAGACAGACAUGUCGGAGAGUGAAAACACACCUUUGUGCUUAGGACGGGGAAGUGGUAGUCAUGGUGACGGCUCAUCAGCUGUGUGAUUGUUCGGUUGUUGCUGUCUUUUUCAGUUCUGUGUUGUUGAUGUGGAAAAAAAACAAAAAUGUAUCUGAAUCUGUCCUGGUCUUCUGUCCUAUCCUGAUAAACAUCUGUAGAACAGCUUUUCAACUUUGGAAUUGAAAUAUUGCUGUCAAUAAUUAAAGUAUUUAGUCUGAUCGUA